GUGAAAGUGAUGGUAAGGAUUUGUCCCUCUCAAGGAGCACAUGAAACAUCUGAAUCCAUGUCCUUCCUAAAGGUAGACCCACGAAAAAAGCAAAUCACGUUUUAUGAUCCAGCAGCAAGUGGGCCUUCCAAUGCAGGUCACAGAAGAGGCGUUGUUGCUGUCCCAAAGAUGUUUGCCUUUGAUGCAGUUUUCCCGCAGGAUGCUUCGCAGGCUGAGGUAUGCUCUGGAACAGUAGCAGAAGUAAUCCAGUCUGUUGUGAAUGGUGCAGAUGGUUGCAUAUUUUGCUUUGGUCAUGUCAAGCUUGGAAAAUCUUUUACCAUGAUUGGUAAAGAUAACUCCACGCAAAGCCUUGGUAUCAUCCCCUGUGCAAUUUCUUGGCUUUUCAAAUUAAUCAAUGAACGUAAAGAAAAAACUGGGACUCGUUUCUCUAUUAGAGUAUCUGCUGUGGAGAUCAGUGGCAAAGAUGAAAACCUGAAGGAUUUGUUAGCUGAAGUAGCCACUGGCAGCCUUCAGGAUGGCCAGUCUCCUGGGGUUUAUCUGAGAGAAGAUCCAAUAUGUGGAACUCAGCUUCAAAACCAAAGUGAGCUAAGGGCCCCAACAGCAGAGAAAGCUGCCUUUUUCCUUGAUGCUGCAAUUGCUGCCAGAAGUACCAGCAAACCUGAAUGUGAGGAAGAAGAGAGAAGGAAUUCACAUAUGCUCUUUACUCUUCACAUAUACCAGUAUCGCAUGGAGAAGAGUGGCAAAGGAGGAAUGUCUGGAGGACGCAGCCGUUUGCAUCUCAUUGAUCUAGGGAGCUGUGAAAAAGUGCUGAGCAAGAGCCGAGAUGGAGGAGGCUCUCUGUGUCUGUCUCUUUCUGCCCUGGGCAGUGUAAUUUUGGCCUUAAUUAAUGGUGCUAAGCAUGUACCGUAUAAGGACAACAAGUUGACAAUGUUGUUGAGGGAAUCACUUGGGAACAUCAAUUGCAGGACUACUAUGAUUGCACAUAUUUCUGACUCCCCAGUCAAUUAUGCAGAAACUCUCACCACCAUUCAGCUUGCAUCGCGGAUCCACCGAAUGAGAAAGAAGAAAUCCAAGUAUGCAUCCAGCUCAUCCGGAGGAGAGAGUUCAUGUGAAGAAGGACAUGUUCGCAGACCUCCCCAUUUGCGACCCUUCCACCCACGAACUGUUGCCCUCGACCCUGACCUUCCUGUCCUGAGUAUAUCUAGUGAUCCGGAUUAUUCCUCCAGCAGUGAACAGUCUUGUGAUACUGUCAUCUAUGUUGGUCCCAAUGGUGCAGCGUUGUCUGACAGGGAAUUGACAGAUAAUGAAGGUCCUCCAGAGUUUGUUCCCAUAAUCCCAUCCCUAAACAAGAAGAGAAGUAAAGACAAUUCUGCUAUUGGUAGGAGUUCUGAUAAGGACCAUUUUAAAUGCAACACUUUUGCUGAACUGCAAGAAAGGUUAGAGUGCAUUGAUGGAAGUGAGGAACCCAUCAAAUUCGCUUGUGGAGAAAUCUCUGUUGUAUCCAAUUGCAGUCCAGUCCCUGGAAGUACAGAAAAUACACAGUCUAAGCUGAUAAAGGAAAAAGUAUCUUCUCCUUCUGGCGGAUUUAAGAGACCAAUUCCACAAGAAACUGCAUCUCCCAAAAAAGGACAUAACCUUCCUUACCAGGCAGUUGCAGCAAGGGGUGACAAUGGCAAUUGUCAUGAAAAGAGCGCACCUCACUUGAAAACAGAGCUUUCCAAGCCACAGAGCAGAGCCGACCACAAAAUAAUAGACUCAAUAUCGGAAGUGGAGAGAGAGACAAUCACCGAUUCCCUGCAGUCUUCAAGGUGUAGCCCUUCAAGGAAUACAGAGCAGAAUAAAGCCACAGCUGAAUGUGUAAUUAAGGAAAAGUCCUUGUACAUGAAGAGACCCUUGCCAAGCCCAGCACCUCCACCUCCACAGCAGAAAGAGGACAUAGUGAGCUCCAAAGCUGAGAAUUUGGAGCUGGACAAUAGCAAUGCAGUUCGAACUCCUCCUGUGGGAAUGAGCAAGCAGAUGGGAAGCAAACCUGAGCAAAACCCUGUAGGAAGCACAUUCUUAGUUGGCAGCAAUGCCCAGAAUCAGUCAGGUGCAAUAGAGGUACACAGCUUCAGGUCAGCGUUCAGAGGGAAGUGUUUUGACCGGGAUAUACUAACCACCACAGUGACUUUGCAGCAGCCUGUUGAGCUGAAUGGAGAAGAUGAGCUUGUUUUCACUGUGGUGGAAGAACUGUCCAUUAGUGGGAUUAUGGAUAAUGGAAGACCAUCCAGUAUCAUUAGCUUUAACAGUGACUGCUCCCUUCAGGCCCUUGCAUCGGGUUCAAGGCCGGUCAGUAUAAUCAGUAGCAUAAAUGAUGAGUUUGAUGCUUAUACCUCACAGGAGACUUCUACUGGUGUAAAUAUUGAUAUUGUUGUGCCCUUUGCUAAGGAUCCUUUUACCAGCAGUAGACGUUCCUCCAUCAGUUCAUGGCUUAGUGAAGUCAGCAUCUGUACAAUUGAAAGUGAUGGAGCACAGUCUAGUGACAGUUUUGUUGCACAGUCAUCUUACAGUGGUAAUAAGUCCGAGGAACCCUUCAGCUUGGAUUCAUCUCAUUUAUCUGUCCCCCUGAAAAGUGCUCUGAACGACAGUGGAUUUUGCUUCUCUGAACUGGACAGUGAGAGCUUGAGUUCCAGCAAGCUGUCCUCAGGCAUUAUCAAAAGCCCUCAAACGUCUGAAACUACCAAAGUGUCUGAGAUAAGAAGUGCUUUUUGUGUCACUGAUCAGCCCAUAAAAAUAAAAUUUAGUAAUUCUCGCGAUAUGCCUGUGAUAGAAACAAUACAUUCUAGUCUUCCUAGGAAAACAAAAACUACCUCGUCUCCAAUCCACAAUAAUACUGUCCUCAGCUAUAAAGAGCUGCAGAAUCCACAUGGUGUAUUUGAAGAUCCUUGGCUGUUGCGCACUGAUUAUCAGUUGGAAGCAAAACCUGCAGACUCACUGCUGUCUCCAAAAUCUCAUGCAUUUGCUACUGAGAAGCAGCCAGGAAAAGCUGCCCAGUAUUUUGAUGCAGCAUCCAGGCCAACAAAGUCACAGACUAUGCUUGCUUGUUCGCAGAGGGUUGUGGAUGGUUGUGAAAUGGUCUGCAAAACCUCCAGUGGAGCUGCAAAGAAGUCAGAAGUUGUGAUGAAGAUGCCACUGCUGAAGAGAGGAGCCACCACACUGGGAGUGAUGCCAGUGUCGCAUGCUAACAGUACUUUGUUGGAGGCUGCGGCCCGGGGGAAUUCGGAUAUUCCCUUGACUACUGGCAGCUUGAAAUCAUCACUGGGAAAGAAGAGUGCACCACAGAAGUCAACCAUGUUGCCCAGGCCAGGUGGGCCAACACCUCCAACACCUCCUGUACGCAAAUCAAGCCUGGAGCAGAAACCUGUUGGUCUAGGUAAUGGUGGGGGAAAAGCCUCCAGCCUUGACUUUGCCAGAGCUGCCAUGCUGAAGGCUGAAGAUGAAGUAGAUUUGAGCAGCAAAAUGAACCUGAAGGGCGACCACUCUUUGCCCAAGAUGACAUCCAGCUUAAAGGCAAAGGGAUCAAAGAAUGAAUCUGUGCACCGUUACGGGAGCCACAUGUCCCUGGAGAGAUGCGACAGCCUGACAUCAGUCGGAUCCAAAGCAAGUGUUGUGAGGGAGAAUGGGAGCACCAGCAACAGCCGGGCAGGGCGCUCUGUCCCCAGACUGGGGGUCCCCCCUGUUGCCUCUGGUGUAGGUUUACCACCACCCUUCACUGCCCCUGUGUCUGGCAAAAACAGCCAGGGAAAACCCACAGCUAAUCAGAAGGUACAAGCAAGCGGGAAUAAAAACCGAGGCCUUUCUGCCAGUGGCUCAAAGUCUCUCAGUUCCUCUGUGAAGUCCCUGGCGCAGCCUGCAGGGAAAGGCUCUGGCAUGGCCCCCAGUGGGAAGGCAGCCCCCCGCUCUGUGCAGCCCGUCAGCAGCAAACCUGGCCGAGGGACCAUCAUGGGGACCAAGCAGGCCAUGAGGGCAGCCAACAGCCGCGUGAAUGAGCUAGUGUCAGGUGGCUCUGCCAAGGUGGGCCACUUCCGAGGCUCCACCGACUCUGACAGUGGCAAUGACAGCGGCAUUAACCUCAGUGAUGAGAAGUCCCAAAUCCCAGUGCUGCCAUCUCCAUACAGCAAGAUAACGGCACCCCGGCGGCCUCAGCGGUACAGCAGCGGGCAUGGCAGUGACAACAGCAGCGUCCUAAGCGGGGAGCUGCCACCAGCCAUGGGGAGGACAGCUCUGUUUUACCACAGUGGGGGCAGCAGUGGCUACGAGAGCAUGAUUCGGGACAGUGAGGCCACUGGCAGUGCCUCCUCAGCACAUGACUCCAUGAGUGAAAGCGGGAUGUCAUCACCAGGACGGAUGAGGAGCCUCAAGUCCCCCAAGAAACGAUCAACGGGUCUCCAGCGUCGUAGACUGAUUCCUGCUCCAUUGCCAGAUGCUGCCUCCCUAGGAAGAAAACCCAGUGUCACUGGCCAGUGGGUUGAUCUACCACCUUUGCCAGGCACUUUAAAAGAGCCAUUUGAAAUUAAAGUUUAUGAGAUUGAUGAUGUGGAACGAUUACAUCGACACAGACAAGACGAAACUGAGCCUUUCCAGGAUGUUGAGAAGGGUCUGAUGUAUUUCCAUACCAAACUGAAGAUACUAGAAAGGCGCCAGCAGCGAAUCAGAGAAGUAAAGGCAAAGCAUGAAUUUUUGAAGGAAGAGUUGGAAGAGACAAAGUGCAGGUUGAUGAUGGAUCCAAAUAAAUGGAAAGAUGACUUUGAAGUGGAUCCUGAUCUUGAUAAGGAGUCACAGGAGUAUCUGGAGGCACUGGAACAAGUGACAGAGGAACUGGAACAGUGUGUCAAUCUGUGCAAGUCACAUAUCAUGAUAGUGACGUGUUUCGAUAUUGGAGUAGCAGAUGCACAAGAUGGAGUAAGGGAAGUGGAGGUUUGAAGAGAGGUUUUGCAAGGGACUGAAGGAAGUGAAACUGAAUUGUCUGACAUGAAGAAGUAAAGAGAUAAAGUAGUUGGGAAGUGAAGGAAAAAAGGUGAAGACUUAAAAGCAACAAUGAAUGUUGUAAGAGAAAGAAACAGCUGAGGGGUGGGAAUGUUCAUAAAUCAUUUGGUGCCUCAAUGUGACCUGAACUGUACGAAGAUAAAAGUAGGAUCAAGUAUUUCUUCUUCCAGAGGGAAGUGAAGAAAUUUAGUACAAAACAAGAUCUAUGUUUCUAUGUUAAUUAACAAACAAACAAACAUACGAUGGAAGUGCCUUUAAAGUUAAUUUGAUUUUCAUUUUUGUAUUUGGUGCUAGAAUUAAAGCCAGCAAACCUAAGCAGAC